GUUUUUUCUCGAAUGACCUUUGGCGUCGUUGGUUUGGAAUGGAUUUAACGUGUUUGCCGCUAUUCAGACAUUUUCCUUCAAAUGAGCAAAAGCGCGGACGCAAACGACUACUCCCGCUUCAAGGACAUUGUGGACUCGGACGAGGAGAAGGAUGCCGCCGCGUCCACUUCGAAGAAGGCUGCCAAUACUGCCGUGUCGUCGGCGUGCCGUAACUGCAGCAAGGCGGACGCGAAGCUGAAGUGCUCCAUCUGUAAGAAGGCCACGUAUUGCAAUCGCCAGUGCCAGACGGGUGACUGGACCUACCAUCGACGCAUUUGCAAGAAACCCGAAGACAAAGCAAAGGCAGACGACGCUGCCCGUUCGAAGCCAAGGACCGUGGAAGGCGCCGCCGCUGCCGCUUCUGGCUCGUCUUCGUCGUCGUCCACAUCGUCCAGAGCCACCACGAAAGCAACCAAGCCCGUCCGGCGGGACGUCGUCAAGGAAGAUGAAGACCUCGAGAACGCGCGCGGGUACAAGAACGGCAUGCCGUACUUCCAUCGGGAACAGUCGGAGCAUGAAAAGUCGCUUAUUGGGGACAUCGCACCCAAGAAGAUCGAAGUCGAGCCCACGCUGGCCGCAGCUCCUUCCGCAACCCACGACGGAUCGGCAUGGAAUACGGCGGGAACGUUCGAGCAACGCGAUUUCACGACAUGGGCCACCGACCGAUUGAAGGCGCUGCUGGGAAACGUGGAGGUGACGGCGCGGUCGUUUGCCAUCCGCGGGGGGAACGUCAAGGACGUCAAGGGCGACGCGUCCGUGUGUGUCGUGCGGGGUAAGAAGCGGUUCCUGUUCGACUUUGAGUUCAACAUCGAAUGGACGGUCGUGGGCAAGGACGGGUACAACGGCAAGUUGCUCUGCCACGACAUCAGCAACGAUGGCGAUUACGAGGUAUGAGGUGCAUCUAACUAGCACAUGUUGGGAUUCAUAUGGGUGUAGAUUACGGUCCAGUACAAGAAGAAGCCAUCGGAUGCGUUGGAAUUCAAAGAACUGGCGGCGGCCGUGAACGGACAAGCCGAAGGGUUCCGCCACGCGGUGCUGGCGCGAAUCGCCACGUUCGUCACCGAGUACCAAGCGCUAUAGUUAACCAAAUCCACUACUACGUAGUAGUAGUACCGUGGUACUUAAGUAUUAAUACUAACUACGUCGUACAAUUGAUACUUUGUACGAAUGGGGUG